AGUGUUGUCAAGCUGUUGUUGAGCGUCGUCAUUUGUAGUGUAAUGAACAUGUGAAUAGAUUGUUGCUAUUUUGCCUUAACCUUCAAAACAUGUUAGGGUUCUCCUAAUCUCUUUCUAUUCUUGCAUGUCUUGUUUUACAGUCACAUGCCCUGGUACGGAGGACUCCCAGGCCACGACUACUACAGGGAAUUCCCAGCCAAGAGUGUUUGCUCAAGAAGAAUUUGACCGAAACAUGGAGAGGCUGUCAAUGACUUCUGGGUCAUUCCAUACUGAUGUGCCUGCUGUGCCUCUGCAAAGCUCCUCGUCUUGGUCCUUGCGUCAGCUGACAGCCCAAGAACAGUGGAAGGAAGCUCGGCCAGACCACCUGCAAUAUCUACUGGCAACUGAGGCUGUUGGCCAGGAGUUGUGCUCUAUCUGCCAUCAGGCUGCUGUUAUAAGGUGCAGAGACUGCCUUCCCGAGGAGUGGUUGUGUGAGGCCUGUGAUGUGUUGCACCAUAAAAGAUGGCCACUCCACAACAGAGACAGCGUGGUGGAUGGCUUCCUCAAGGACAUCCCACCAUCCACAUGCUAUACUAUAGGGGAAACUGGACACUACAUCUCACACAAGCAAGAUCUAAUCAAGAGUGGUUACUGGCCAGCCUCUUCACAUUCCCAGACCCUGUACACUAUUGACCUCUUCCACUCAUUCCAAGACCUGAAGGUCAUUUCACCUGGCUUUUCCAGGCAAGCUUUUGCAAAGUUGCUGGAACAUCGCACUCGGCGUGCUGGAAGAUCAGGGCAAAUCAAUGGGGAUGCACUUCAGCGGAGCUUCCUGGAGUUUAGCUAUUGCUCGUUUGAGGAGGACCAGCUCUGCUGUGCGACCCCGUUCACCUGCCCCGCCUGUACCCCAGAAAUGGUGGCUGUAGCAGCUGAUGGAAACCGGAAGCUUUACCACUUUAAACAAUCCAGCGGCUUCGAAAACACUGCAUUUUUUGAAGGGCUGUUUCUUGCCAAGGACAGUAAGGUGUCAGCUUUUGUUGACACCAUUAGGACUGCAGUGAAAAGCACGCAAGGCAAAGCAACAUGCGGUGCUUCGCAGUGGGCAGCAGCCAGGGAAACCUCAAGGAGGGCCAGUAAACUCGAUGAGGAGGGCGUUGAGGUAGCCGUGUGUUGCCAUGGCUACCUCUUGAAAGGCCUAAAUAUGUACCGGGGUGAAAUUUUUGCCUACCCUCUGUAUCUUCAGAGAGAAAUGCAGGCCACAGCAAAUGUCAAAUUCUUUGCCAUGGAUGUCACCUGCAAGUACUGGCCAUACCUCCAAAAGGUUGUGGCUGCCCUUCCACCACUCCAGGGGCUCUUGCAGAUGAGGCCAUUCCUCAGCAUCAUGCAUGCCAGGGCUCAUGCCACAAACUUAAAUGGAGUGGCAGGAAUCAGGAGGGAGCGGGCACAACGGCUGGUGAAGAGGUUGAGCAGUCCAUAA